UUUCGUAUGAUGUAACACUGAACACGAGGGGGACACGUCAUUGCCGGAGGGUCACGUGAUUCACCCCGUCGUGGCAGGAAGGAAACAACACAGGCUGAUCGGUUCAGGAAAUUUACGAGCGGAAACUUGUGCUUUGCAUUUUAUACCGACAAAAUGUUUUCCAGAAUAAAGAAAGAGAGGAGAAUCGGAGACUUUGCAGGCUUCAGGAGCAGCAGCAGCACUUCCUCGCCGUUUGCAGAGCUCUGCAUGAUGGACGAGCAGGGAGAAAUGGCGGCCAAGCAACCGGACGGACCCGCCAAGGCCGACGACACGCCCCCUCACGUGCACCAGCACCACGCGCCGGCGCCGGGGCCGCGCGCCGACGGCGGCCAGACUUUUUGCCCCAGCACGGAAAGUAAAGCGGGAGAGGCGGACGCCGCCAACCGGGCGUACGGGACGUUCAAGCACGCCGCGCCGGCAGCUCCCCCCGCGGCCAAUGCGGCCUUUCGGAAGGAUUCGAGCGUUUUGGCCCGCGGGGACGCGCCGCCGCCGCCGCCGCCGCAGGUCGAGCAGAACAACACCGGCUGGACGGCGCUGAGUCAGACCACCGUCGUGCUGGGAACGGAUGGGAACAUGUCCGUCCAGACCGGCACCGUCACCCCGGCGGACGAUUGUGAUGACGAGGAAGGGGAUGAGAAUAAGGCCAGGGGAAACUGGUCCAAUAAACUGGAUUUUAUUUUGUCCAUGGUGGGCUAUGCUGUGGGACUGGGGAACGUGUGGAGGUUUCCUUAUCUUGCCUUCCAGAAUGGUGGAGGUGCAUUUUUGAUCCCCUACCUAACUAUGUUGGGCAUUGCCGGCAUCCCAAUCUUUUUCCUGGAAGUGUCCCUGGGCCAGUUUGCCAGCCAGGGCCCAGUGUCAGUAUGGAAGUGCAUCCCAGCCCUGCAAGGUUGCGGGAUUGCCAUGUUGAUUGUAUCUGUCUUGAUAGCCAUAUACUAUAAUAUUAUUAUGUGCUGGACACUGUACUACCUGUUCGCUUCGUUGAAGGGCUCACUGCCAUGGGCUCACUGUAGGAAUGCGUGGAACACCGUGGAAUGUAAGGACAAAGAAAUGCUGCUCCUAGACUCCUGCAUCCUGUGGAACAGAAACACCUCCUCCAUCAAGAACUCCACUUUUUGUCUCACUGCUCGUGCUGCUGGGAAUCUGAGCAGACUGUUGAACACCACCCUGGAAGGUGAAAAGACCUACGUCAGCCCCAGUGAGGAGUACUUCAAGUACAACGUGCUGCACAUCUCCAAAGGCAUUGAAUAUCCAGGAGAUAUUCGUUGGGCUCUGGCAGGCUGUCUGUUUCUAGCCUGGAUCAUUGUCUACUCGUCUUUGGCCAAGGGAAUUAAGUCAUCAGGAAAGGUGGUGUAUUUUACAGCCACUUUCCCUUACGUGGUGCUGGUGAUCCUGUUGAUCCGAGGUGUGACGCUCCCGGGCGCAGGUGACGGCAUUCUCUACUUCAUCACACCAAAGUGGGAGAAACUCAUGGACGGAAAGGUGUGGAAAGACGCAGCCACUCAGAUCUUUUUUUCUUUGUCGGCUGCUUGGGGAGGCCUCAUCACGCUCUCCUCCUACAAUAAGUUUCACAAUAACUGCUACAGGGACACUAUUAUAGUCACGUGCACCAACAGUGCCACCAGCAUAUUUGCGGGCUUUGUCAUCUUUUCCGUCAUCGGCUUCAUGGCCAACGAGCUGAAUGUGCCAAUUGAAAAAGUGGCAGAUGAAGGUCCUGGUAUAGCAUUUGUGGUGUAUCCGGAGGCUCUGACCAGACUUCCCCUGUCUCCUUUCUGGGCUAUCAUCUUCUUUCUCAUGCUUCUCACUCUGGGCCUGGAUACCAUGUUUGCAACCAUCGAGACCAUCGUCACCUCGGUGUCGGAUGAGUUCCCCAAAUACUUGAGGACGCACAAGCCGCUCUUCACCCUGGUCUGCUGUUUGGCCUUCUUCAUCCUGGGCUUCCCCAUGAUCACAGAGAGUGGCAUGUACAUGCUACAGUUGGUGGACACUUACGCAGCCUCCUACUCUUUGGUCAUCAUUGCCAUUUUCGAGCUGGUGGGCAUCUCUUACCUCUAUGGGCUACAGAGGUUCUGCGAAGACAUUGAAAUGAUGAUUGGUUUUCAGCCCAGCCGCUUCUGGAGAAUUUGCUGGGCAUUCGUGACACCGACCAUUCUGACGGGCAUCCUGACUCUGAGUCUGUAUCAGUGGAAGGUGAUGACCUACGAGACAUACACCUACCCCACCUGGUCCAUGAUUAUGGGCUGGCUCAUGGUAAUCUCCUCUGUCAUCUGGAUCCCCAUCAUGUUUGUCAUCAAGAUGUAUCUCGCCCCCGGCACUCUAAUUGAGCGUCUGAAGUUGGUCUGCACCCCUCAGCCCGACUGGGGUCCCUUCCUCAUGAAGCAUCGCGGAGAGCGCUACAAGAACAUGAUCGACCCACUGGGAACCAACUCGCUGGGCCUCAAACUGCCUCGUAAGGAUUUACAGCUUGGUACCUACCAAUAACGACGGCCCCAGGAGAUCUGCACCCAGCUACUCCAACCCCUGGUGGGCGGGGAGUGCCAGGAGAGGACCACAUGGCCUCUUUCAGAUGACCUUUCAUUUCCCCUUCAUUCCACUCUAGUAUGUGCUUCAACACCAUGUUCCCUAGUCUUCCUCCUAGUGUGAAUUUGGGAAUAUUCUCCCUGUAGACCUCUUUCCUCCUUGCUGUUCUCUCUCGGAGGAGGGGCUACUGCUGCUCUGUGCUCAGUUUACGGUCUAUCAUCGGCUCCCACACAUGACCAUUGAUUACACCAACUGAUUGACUGAUUCCUCGUGACAAAGUGUGUCAUUGAAGGAGUUCGGUGUGAACUUGCAAUAUUAGACUUACCUUCGCUGCUCUAUUUGGAGCCAUACGUGUAUGUGCGUGUGUGUGUGUGUGUGGCGCGCGCGCUUGUAUGUUUAAAAAUAAUGAAUUGCCUCGGCGCCAGCUGGCCAAGGAAAAAAAUAAUUCAGGUGACAGAAAAAGAAAGCUCCAACAAGUUUGAAAGGAUUUGGCUUCAUCCCCCGUAUAGGUUUAUGUAUUGGUAUUACAAAUAAUUUCUACGGAUGCUCUCAUUCAUCCAGGUCACUGUGUUCUCAGGACGUUCAAUCGAUUGCAACUGGACUGUUCAGCUUGUCUUAGAAGACGUUUCACCUCUCAUCCAAUUAGGCUUCAUCAGUUCAUGCUUAUUGAUUUGAAUUGGUCAGAUCCGAUUGUAGCUGAGAUAGGCGACCCCGAAGGGAAUAAGCGGUAGAAAAUGGAUGGAUGGAUGGAGAUCUAGUCUAAAUGUUGGUGCCGAAACACAAACUUGUUUUUACUAAAGGGGGCAAGGAUAGUUUCAACCUAUUGUGGUGUAAAAACGACCCCUCUGUCAAAGCCAACAGCAGUCAAUAAAAUGCAAUUCUCCCUGGUUAGCAUUGCAGUAUCGUGUGGCAAAACGACCACUACCAACCCAAAAUCAGUUGUUAGACUGGAAACUCUCACACUAUUAACCGUAUCCUCUCGGCAUCCAUUGCACCGGUCACUCAAGGGGGGGUCCCCACAUCUGCAGUCCCUUCAAGGGUUUAACGUUGUUCCCAUUGGGUUGAGUUUUUUCUUGCUCUAAUGUGAGAUCUGAGCUGAGAAUGAUUGAUUGAUUUACCGUUCCAUAUCAUUCCAUUCGGUUGUAUUAAUGGCACAAUUUGGUGGACCUGGAACCAGAAAGUUCCUCUUGGACUAGAUCUAACCAAUCUAAGUCUGAGUAUGAACUGAUGAACCUUGGUCCAAUAAAACGUCUUCAAAGACAAACUGAACAGUCCAGCUGUGAUCGAUUGAAUGCCCUGAGAAUACAAAUAAUGACUACGGAUGUUGUCAUUCAUCUAGGUCGUUGUAUUCUCAGAGCAUUCAAUUGAUCGCGAAUGGACUGACUGUUCAGUUUGUCUUAGAAAAACGUUUCGCUUCUCAUCCGAGCAGGCUUCAUCGGGUUCAUGCCGAUAGACUUGGAUCGGUCAGAUUUAGUCCAAAUUCUGGUUCCAAAGUCCCAACAAGGGCGUGCUCAGGCGAGGAUGGUUUCGCAACAUUGUGGCGUAAAAAACAAGGAGUGUCCUCUCUGUAAAGGCCAACAGCAGUCAAUAAAAUCAAAUUCCUUUCUUUUUAGCAUUGAGUGGCAUAACAAUGGCCGUAAAACGACCGCUAGCAGCCUAAAAUCAGCCGCUGGACUGGAAACACGCGCCUUAGAAUUCUAUUCAGCUGGCGACUUGACUUGUCCAGAAUGCAGCUGGGAUAGGCUCCGCGACCCCGAAGGGGACAAGUGGUAGAAAAUGGAUGGAUGGAUGUAUCAAUGGCACAAAAGUUCCUAUGGGGACUAGAUCUGACCAAUACGUCUAUGAACUUGAACUCAUGAUGCCUGCUAAGAUGAAACGUCUUCUAAGAUAAAUUGAACAGUCCUGUUGCGAUCAAUUGAAUGCCCUGACAAUACAAAUAAUGACUGUCCUGAAUAUUAUAAAAACAACAACUACAGUAUGCACUGUUAUAUGUUCUUCCACCCAUCAUAGUAGGUAUUGUAUUAGUGACACAAAGGGGGUCACCUAUAAAAGGAAUGCUCCUAAUGGACUAGUUUUAACUAAUCUACAGUAAGUCUAUGAGCAUGAAGUGAUGAAGUCUGCUCGGACAACAAAAACAGUCCAGUUUGGAUAAAUAAUAAAAAAACAAUAUGCAUUGUUAUAGAUCCUUCUACUCAUCAUAGUAUAAGUAGUGCUUAGUGGCUAUUGAUCUAGAACAAAUGGUGGAAAUAAGAAACAACGUAGGAAUCCGAUCCAUAGGAAUCCGUAGAGCUGCGAACGCACCGUAAUCACCACCACUAGUAGAUACUUUGGCCUUGGAUGACUCAGAGAUUUGGGUCUGUUUUUGUCUCUGAACCCAAGGGGCUACUUGUGAUACUCUCGUUUCCCCGCUCAAUUACAAUAUCUUGUACUUAUCUUCGAACAUAAUGUAGGUCAUGCCAAUUGAAUGAACGCACUAAAGUAGUCACAGCUGUCCUUUAGUUGAUGAUAAAGAAGCCAUUUAACCUUUUUAAAUCUCCUGAACCUCAGCCUGAUAGUCACUCUGUGCAUAUAUUUUAGAUAGUGUAGUUAUUGCAGUAUUGUAUGUGUUGUGAACUCAUCAGCCAUUUGUGAAGACUUCACAAUGCGCAUCACAGUAGAAGACAAUUUUAAAGUAUGCCUACACAUAAAUAUAUCUGUAGCUUCCAGCAGAGGAGAGUGCUAGCACGACCGAUUGAAUGUGUGAGCGUUGUAUCCGUGAAUAUGUGCAGUGUGUAUAUUUUGUGUGCGUUGUCGCGUCGCCGCAGUGUUUGGAGCAGCUGUUACGUUAGGUGGCGAUUGGAUGAGAAAAAGGCUUCUCGCUUUUGUCCUUGGUGUUCGAGAAAGCUCUGGGGACUUUACCAUUUCAGACGAAUGCCUCUUGCUUCUCUGUGUCCUCACGAAAACAGGGUCUCAGGUAUACACAACUCCUACAAACGACUCUGCUAGUUGUGAGAAUGACAGCAUUCAGUGCGUAGGAAACGAAACAUUGGUAUGUGAAAGACACCCCCUUGUCAUGAGGGAGUGUCAGCCAUGAAGCAUUUAUGGCAGGUUUUCUGUGGCCCUAAACACGAUUUUGUUUGUGGCUGCACAAUUUCAGUCUUAUGGACUCCUGAAAGGCCCUUACCCAACCCGAACCCACACACAUUCAGUAUGUUUACAUGUGCUAAAAUAAUUUAUUUAGGUUUUUGAUUUAAAAAUGGGAUUAACGUACCUAUAUUAUGUGAUUAUAAACUAGCUUCUUCGUGUCCCGUGUUCAACGCACAUCCCAGUCUUCCCAACAUCAUAACUCGGAAGCACAGUAGACGAAGCUCUACGCGAUCAAAAAACCCUCUAUUAACGUUUGUCUGUUUCAUCAAUGUUUUUCUUCAAACGUUCCAACCAGUGGCGUCAUUAGGCUCUUUUAGGGAGGCUAACCAUAACUUAUUUGGUAUUGUUUCAUUUAAAAAAAGUUUACAAAGACAAAUGCAGUAUAAAGUAGCCACAAUGUGAGUUUUAGUCAUUAUUCAUGUAAAUAUGUCAAGUUUCAAUUUUAAUUCUUAGUGUAAAGUAGAUUAUAUCUGGAUAAUAUUAAUCCUAAUACAUUUACAAAAUUAUUUUUAUAUUCCCCCGUUUUUGAAACCUAGUGACGCCUCUGUGUCAUACUUUAAUCAAGGGUCCUUGAAUGCACUACGGUUAUGUGCUAUGAGAUGCAAAAAUGAAACCUAAACAUGACUUUGUCCGAUGCUGCCAUAAACAGCUUUAUUAUAUUUUUUUCCCUUUCAUCACCUCAUCCUGGUUAAGCAAAUGUUGGUACUCUGCGUGUUUGUAUAGAUGUGAGCGUUGAUGACGUCUUUGUUGAGCAAACCGUGAAGUGUUCGAUGCUGGUCUGUGGACGUUCUCAUUUAUCCAAGUCAUCGUAUUCUCAUUCAAUCGAUCGCAAAUGGACUGGUUUGUCUGAGAAGAUGUUUCGCCUCUCAUCAAAGUAGGCUUCAUCAGUUUUAAAAUGGUCUGAUCUAGUCUGGACCUAGACUAAGUCUAAGACUAGAGCUGACCAAUCUAGAUCUUUAUGGCUUUAGAUUGGUCAACUCUAGUCUUGAUCUAGACUGAGUCUAAGUCAAUGACUAAAUUGGACCAAUUUAAGCACUGCAAAAAGUCAGUUCAAAAACAAAAAACAAAAAUACAAAAAUGAGGGGUAUUUUAUUUGAACUAAGCAAAAUUAUCUGCCAAUACAACAAGAAAAUUUGGCUUGUCAAGACUUUCAAAAACAAGUAAAAUUAAAGCUGCAAGCAGCGAUGGACGGGACCGACUUUGACGGCACAUAAAAUCCAAACCGGAGCAGUAAUUAAAACUCUUUCGUCAACUUUUAAUCAGAAGGGUUCAAUCUCUUUCCUGUGCUAGUUUGAAGCCGACACGACAAACGCGCUCAGAGGAGAUAAUGUUAAGGGGGUCAAAUUAUAGCUCAAAGAGGCAAAAGUGACUGUUUUUACAAAACUUUUGUUUUGAAGGGGGAAUUGCAAACUUCCUGUUGAUUUUUGCUGAAGGCUGUCAGUGUAUGAAAUCUAGGUCUAAGUGAGACCUACAUAAAGGUUUUUGUUUCAUGUCUCUCUGACAUUCCUAGUGGGAGUUACAGGCAGUUUUAGGGGGCGCUAGAGCGCAAUUUUGAGUUUUGGGGUUUGGUUUUUUGAUUAGAUCGCAAUUUUCGCCGGUCCUGAUGUGUGUGUCAAAUAUGGUGAGUUUUGAAGCAUGUUAAGGGGGUCAAAUUACAGCUCAAAGAGGCGGCGGUAUAAUAAUAAUAAAGAAAAAAGAAUAAUAAAACCUUACAAUUUCAAUAGGGUCCUCUGUCCCAAAGGGACAUUGCGGUCCCUAAUAAAGAAUAAAACCUUAGAAAAAAUACCUUAAAAUAAGUAUAUUCUCAUUAAUAACAACUGUACUACUAUAUUAAUACAUAUUUUCUAUGGUUUCAUUGGAAAUAAAACAGCAAAGUCCAUUUGGCUGUCAUCUGUUUUAAUAUGAGACACAAUUGUGUCAGUCAUGAUUUUUUUUUCCAUGCUUGAAAUAAGAAAUUAUUACUUUAAAAAAGUAGUUUUAUAUUUGUGAGUGUUGAUGACACAGCUUUGCAACAGUUGAUAUUCUAGUUUCAAGCAUGUUUUACUCUAUAGGUCCUAAAAUCUCAGCAACAAGCUGUAAUAUCUUACUGAGAUCAUUUAGGACCAAAACCCCUAAAACAAGUAAAACACUCUUACAUAAAAUCUGCUUAGUAAGAAGAAUUAUCUUAUCAGACAGAAAAUAAGCAAAUAUCACCCUUAUUUGAGAUAUAAAAUCUUACUUAGAUUUCAGUUUUUGCAGUGAGAGUAUAGACUUAGAUUGGUCAGAUUUAGUUCAGAUCUAAACUAAGUCUUAAGUCUAGAUUGGACUAAUCUAAGUCUGAGCUAGAACUGACGAAGCCUGCUUGGAUGAGAGACAAAACGUCUUCUAAGACAAACCAAACAGUCUAUUGCGAUCGAUUGAAUUCCCUGAAAAAAUGCCCGAUGCUGGGUUUGCCGGGAUUGAACCAUUUUAAAACUUUUUGCCAGGGGGUGUAGGUAGUGUUACACAUUUCUAAUUUGAACCAAACAACCGUAUUAUUGAACUUUUGACAGCAAUAUUUAUUUUCUCACCGCUCAUCUCGUCUUUUACAAGUGAAUAGUUUCUGAUAUUCUUACAUAUCCGCCACGACUCUUGUACUACGUUUAUUUGCAGUAUUUGUGAACAGGCUUUCAAGCACAGAGUUUUGUCUUGCUCCGUAUUUUUUAUUCAGACAUUUAUUCCCAGAUCUGUGAAAUGACGACACAUAGGCACGUUUCCCCUUUCUGGGAACAAACAAGCAGCUGUAAGGACCGGUGUAAGUGCUAUAUUACCGUAGCAGGUAGUCUUUAUCACGACAAAACGGUCAUUUCGAUUGUCGCGAACGCACUUAGCUAAUUUGAUUGACCAGUUGGACACACAGUUCCACUGAUUACACUUUUGCUGAAAAAUGCUUUUAACACAGCAGGUGGUUAAGUGUUCCUCAGCUGUGCUUCAGGGCUUCAGCAGCUUCCAGCCGAACGCGAUAGCAAGUUACUCAGAUGAUUCUCUAAGCCAUGUCUGCUCUGCCAAGGUAGAAACCAAUUUAAGGUAGUGAAAGCUAAUAAAGAAGACACAAACAUUUGACAUAGUCGCACAUGACAUCCCGGGUUGGUAAAUACGUGCUUGCUCCUGAGUGUUGCUUUAUUGAGCUCUUGUGUAUUUUAGCUUGAAUCAUUCAAACGUGACAAUAUGCGUAUGCUUGUGUGCGUGUUUGCCGUAGUGUUAGUUUUACUCAACUAUCAAUCAGAUGUUUGCAGGGCCAGUCUGUGAAAGCAGAUGUGCAGGAAUAUGGAGAAGAAUCACUGCCAAAAACUCCACAAACGCACAAAAAGGUUUUUACUCACGGCCAACGAUUCGCAGGUCAAAAAACUAAUUGUCUAAAAAUUAAAAAAAACCAUACGCAACUAAAAAGUUAUUUUGCUGCAGGAAAAUUUUCAGUUUUUUGCUGCAAGUAAAAAAAAAAAUUGUGCAAGUAAAAAACAAUUUGCAAGUAUAAAAACAAUUUGCUUCAAUUAAAAAAAACAACAAUUUGCAAGUAAAAUGUUAUUUUGCUGCAAGUAAAAAAAUGAUUCCUGAGUAAAAAAAAUACUGUUUUGAAAAGUAUAAAAAAAAUUGUCAUUACAAAAAAAUUUGCAAGCAUAAGAACAAUUUUCUUCAAGUUAAAACUUUUCGGCAGUAAUAUUCCACCAUGCGCCAUCAACAAACUUGCACUCAGAGCGCCUGUAAUUUCGAGUGUCCGCCCUGAUAUCGGUAGGUUGUGAGUUCAAACCCCCGGCCGAGUCAUACCAAAGACUAUACAAAUGGGACCCAUUACCUCCCUGCUUGACACUCAGCAUCAAGGGUUGGAAUUGGGGGUUAAAUCACCAAAAUGAUUCCCGAGCGCGACCACUGCUCCUGCUCACUGCUCCCCUCACCUCCCAGGGAGUGGAACAAGGGGAUGGGUCAAAUUCAGAGGCUAAUUUCACCACACCUAGUGUGUGUGUGACUAUCAGUGGUACUUUUAACUUUAAUUU